GCUUGCGGAAGGCUCCGUGCGGAAACUUGGAUGCUGUGUGGAGCGACGCGCUGAUGUCCAGUCCGUGUUGACAUCCUGAGGCAGAGCAGCAGCGGUGUGAUGUAAGCGAUGCUCGCUCGGCCACCAUGGCCAGUGUGACGCUGAGGUACUUCUGUUAUGGCUGCCUCGUCACCUCGGCGACCUGGUCCGUCCUCCUCUUCCUGUACUUCUCGCGGGAGGCGGAGCCUGGCCGUGGCAGGACGCCCCUGCAGCAGCACAGCCAGCCAAUCACCAAGGGCCUGGCCGACCAGAGGGCGGGGCGGGGCCGUGGGCCGCGACCGCCGCCGGCCAAUAAGGGAGCGGAGCUGUCUCCGGAGAUGGGGAUGAUCUUCAGCGAGGCCGAUCAGGAGGUGAGGGACACGGGUUACCAUCGCCACGCCUUCAACGUGCUCAUCUCCACCAGGCUGGGGUACCACCGAGAGCUGCCCGACACCAGAGACUCCCAGUGUAGGGAUAAGGUGUACCCCCUGGCUCUACCUUCUGCCAGCGUAGUGAUCUGUUUCUUCAACGAGGCGCUGUCGGCCCUGCUGAGGACGGUGCACAGCGUGCUGGACCGCACGCCGGCCUUCCUGCUGCACGAGCUCAUCCUGGUGGACGACUUCAGCGAGCUCGAGGACCUAAAGGAGGACUUGGAGCGGUACGUCAGGGAGGAGCUGAAGGGCAAAGUUCACCUGGUGAGGAACCAGAGGAGGGAAGGACUCAUCAGAGGACGCAUGAUAGGAGCCUCACAUGCCACUGGCGAGGUGCUGGUGUUCCUGGACAGCCACUGUGAGGUGAACCAGGCGUGGCUGCAGCCUCUGCUGGCUCCCAUCCAGCAGGACCGCCGCACCGUCGUCUGCCCCGUCAUCGACAUCAUCUCAGCCGACACCCUGGCCUACUCGCCCUCUCCCAUCGUCAGGGGCGGCUUCAACUGGGGGCUGCACUUCAAGUGGGACCCCGUCCCCCCCUCCGAACUCAACGGGCCCGAGGGAGCCACCGGACCGAUCAGGUCUCCCACCAUGGCCGGCGGCCUGUUCGCCAUGAACAGGAAGUACUUCAACGAGCUCGGCCAAUACGACGCCGGCAUGGACAUCUGGGGCGGGGAGAACCUGGAGAUCUCCUUCAGGAUCUGGAUGUGUGGCGGGCGCCUGCUCAUCAUCCCGUGCUCCAGAGUCGGACACAUCUUCAGGAAGAGGCGGCCGUACGGCUCGCCGGGGGGGCAGGACACCAUGGCCCACAACUCCCUGCGGCUGGCGCACGUCUGGAUGGACGAGUACAAGGAGCAUUAUUUCUCUCUGCGCCCGGAGCUGCGCGAGCGCGACUACGGCGACAUCGGCGAGCGCGUGGCGCUGAGGAAGCGGCUGCAGUGCCGCUCGUUCCGCUGGUACCUGGACAACGUCUACCCUGAGAUGCAGACCGUCGCCAACGGCAACAAGCAGCAGCAGCAGCAGGCGCUGUUCGUCAACAAGGGCCUGCGGCGGCCCAAAGUGCUGCAGAGAGGACGGCUCCGUAACCUAGCAACAGGGCGUUGCCUGGUCGCCCAGGGUCGAGCCAGUCAGAAGGGCGGGGCCGUCGUCCUGCGACCGUGUGACCCCCGAGACCCCGAACAGGACUGGGCCUAUGACGAGGAGGGGCAGCUGGUUCUGGCCGGGCUGCUGUGUCUGGACGUGUCGGAGGUCAGGACCUUUGACCCGCCCCGACUGAUGAAGUGUCACGGCUCGGGGGGGUCGCAGCAGUGGAGCCUGGGGAAGUCUAACCGGCUGUAUCAGGUGUCGGUGGGUCAGUGUCUCUCCGUCGUCCAGCCGGUCGGGCCCAAAGGUUACGUUGCCAUGGCGAUAUGCGACGCUUCCCAGGCGCAGCAGUGGCAGCUGGAGGGCUGACGAUGAUGAUGUCACAGAGCCGCAUGGCCAACGGCACGACAGACAAUCGGAGGGAUCGGCGCCCUCCAUCAGUAAAGAGGAAGAACUGCAGCUGAAGGACCACACGCACACACACACGCACACACACACACACGCACACACACACACACACACGCACACGUCUCCUGAGGUACGACAUCAUCAGCGACGGGACGAGGAGGGAAAGUGACUGAAGCUCCUCGUCUUCCUCCCUGAAUGUUUUUAAUCUUUUCCUCCGCUCAUGUUAGUCUGGACUCGUGUCCGCUCGCUUUUAGGAAGUGUUUCCCCCCCGCGCACGGCGGCGCCGCCCCCCCCCUCCCCCGUGCACGGCGGCGGCGUUUUAAUCGAACGCUCGAGGCCUUAAACGCGUUGAAACGUCUGAAGGUUUUAUUCCACGUCGUUUCCUGUCGGCCCUCUUUUCGGUUUGUGUUCGGGGCGACUGGCAGCUUCACGUUUGAGUUCCCGCUGAAAGGAAAAAGGUCCUGGAAGGUCACGGGAUGUCCUGGAACGUCAGGCAGCUCCACGCCGGGCCGGCUCUGCUCCCGGGACGCUCCCCGCGUCGAGGGAAGGAGGCGCCCGAGCUCCUGGGACGUCCCGGAGAACACGUUCGACAUUUUACACGUCAGCAUUGAUCAGUGUUUGUCCCGUUGACAUUAAACGGUUAAACCCCUUUAUCAGGACAGAUUUCACCCGAAACCUCCCAAUGAAGUUCCUUUUUUAAUUUCAGAAAU